UGUGGUCUUGCAACUGAGAACACACACACACACACACACACACACAGAGAGAGAGAGAGAGAGAGAGAGAGAGAGAGAGAGAGAGAUGGAGGCUGUGGCGGCGGUGGCGGCCACCUCUUUCGUGGAGUGGAUGGUGCCGAAGCUCUUUGAUUUCUUAGAUAAAAAUCACGAGCUUCGGAAGAAUCUGGAGCGUGACAUCAAGUUCAUCAAGAACGAGUUUGCCAUGAUUUCUGCCGUCAUCCAGGAUGAGCAAAAAGUUCACCAUGACGGUGGCGAAGAGGUGCAUAAGGAGUGGAUCAAGAUGGUACGUGAGGUAGCGCACGCCAUCGAAGACUGCAUCGACCGCUUCAUGCACCGCGUGAGGAUGCCGGAGACAGGCGCCGGGUGGCUCCGUCACGCUGUCCACAGGGUGAAGACGGUGAAGGCUCGUAACGAGUUCGCGUUGGCCAUCCAGGAGCUCAAGAAGAUAUCAGAGGAUGCGUCCAAGCUGAAAGUCACAUACAGUAGCAGCAGCACCUCUUCACCAGGGCGGUCGAGGUUGUCUGAGCAGACAGAGACGGCAGCGACCAAAGAAGACGACGGCGAUGGCGACCAUUCAGCAGCAUCCGGAUCUGUGCCCGUGGGUAUGGGCGGUCCCCUCAGCGAGCUUUUGGAUAUGAUCCAGCAGCAGCAGCAGCUCAAGGUGAUCACCAUUGUUGGGUUCCACGGUAUGGGCAAGACUCUCCUCGCCAAUCAUGUGUACAAGGCAGUUGAGAGCCAAUAUGAAGCUCGGGUUUGGGUCCCUCCAGCAAAACUAGAGGGAACAGCCACGGAUGUUCUCAAGGAGAUACUCCGACAACUUGGCCAGUGCGUCGACGGCCGUCUCACCAAGCUUCAAGCAAGCAUCAAAGAGUGCAUUGGGACCAAGAGGUUCUUCAUUGCAAACAGACAAAUUAGUCAUGUGUUGUAACGGUUGUUUCUUCAUCCAUUGGGGGAACACUUGGAGUAGAGAUAAAGGGAACACUCGAUGGGGAAGUCUAUAUAUAUGCUAGAUUCCGAGAGAUUUACGUAAUAUAGUUUACGGAGAUGUGGAGCUUUUCCUUGUCCUGUUUGAUACAAAAUGUUCUAGCUGCCAGUUAGCCAAGGUUUAGAUGCGAACUUGGGAGGGGCCAAAAUAGCAUCGGAUUCACAAGACGCUGCUGGUAUUGCUUUGGGGUGUAGUACUAACUUGUAUUAAAGCACUGCAAGCUUCCUCAAUCUCCAUGUAACUUCACAAAUGCCUCCGCAGUUCACGGUUAAACAGAGAGAGAUUAUAUUGUU